AACCACCGACUGGCAAAGUGUCAAGAGCGUCAAACUCAAAAGUCAAAUCCAGAAUCCCGCCGAAAUGUGCUAGGCUGUUAAAAGUUUAAAUGUAAAUGUGAAUAAUUGAAUUGAAAUACUACGCAAAAUGGAAUACAAUCUAACCGAAAAAUCUUUGGAGAAAAUAAUGGGCGGUGCAGAAUUGCCCAAUCCCAUUUUCCAAAUUCUUGGAAUUAAGAAGAUUCAGUCUGGAAGUUCUAAUAAGGAACGUUAUCGUCUUGUUGUUUCUGAUGGAGUGUAUACUGUGUCUCAUGCGAUGUUAGCAGCCCAGAAUAAUGAACAAAUAUUGCAAGCAGGAGAUCAUACCGUCAUUAAAGUUAAGCGAUAUAUUACCAGCAUUUUUAAUAAUAACUCUGGAAAAGAACAACGCAUUCUCCUUUUGUUGGAUGUUGACAUUGUCGCUCCUGGUGGCCAAGUUGGUCAUCCAAUAGGAAAUCCAGUUCAACUGACUGAAGCUAAAAAAAAUGAACCAUCUAGUACUGACAAUGGUACUGCAUCAAGACAGAGUAAUUAUAAUAGUAAUCCUAUAAAGCCUGAUAGUGCUUCUACUUCUACUGUUCCAUAUAAUGGAAGUAGUAUUGGUUCAUCUUUGGAAGGACAAAUGAUUCACCCCAUUUCAAGUCUGAGUCCUUAUCAAAACAGAUGGAUUAUCAGAGCUAGAGUUUCCAAUAAGUCUACUAUAAGAACGUGGUCAAAUUCACGAGGUGAAGGAAAACUUUUCAGCAUAGAUUUGAUUGAUGAAAGUGGUGAAAUUCGAUGUACAGGAUUUAGAGAUAUGGUUGAUAAAUACUAUGAUUAUAUUCAAGUUGAUAAGAUUUAUUACAUCAGCAAAUGCCAAUUGAAAGCUGCAAAUAAGCAGUACAGUUCUUUGAAAAAUGAUUAUGAAAUGACCAUGACAAAUGACACCAUUAUUCAAGAAUGCCUAAGUGAGAACCCAGGCAUUCCAACAACUAAAUACGAUUUCAUAUCAAUUGAUAAAAUAGCCAACAUACAAAUUGGUACCCUUGUUGAUAUUUGUGGUAUUUGUAAAGAUGUAAGUGAUAUUCAGACAUUUCAAGCCAAAUCAACAGGACGUGAAUUGAAGAAGAAGGAAGUUGUUUUGGUGGAUCAGUCAAAUAAUUCGAUUACUAUGACUUUAUGGGGUACAGAAGCAGAGAAUUUUGAUGGCACUAACAAUCCAGUUGUUGUAAUAAAGGGUGCCAAAGUCGGAGAGUUUGGAGGAGGAAAGAAUUUAUCCUGUCUUGCUAGUAGUUUGUUGAAAAUAAAUCCAGAUAUUCCAGAGAGUUUUCGUAUACGUGGUUGGUAUGAUCAAGAAGGACACAAGGGAAAUGUUAUUGACAUUAGUGCAAAAUCUGGAGGAUCAUCGUUCAGUACUCCCUGGAUGUCAUUCAAAGAGGUUAAAGAUCAAGGUUUGGGUAAUGGUGAAAAAGGAGAUUACUACCAAACAAUGGGUACAGUAUUGCUAAUGCGUGCUGAGAAUCUGACUUAUAAAGCAUGUCCGAGUGAGGCAUGCAACAAAAAAGUUAUUGACUUGGAAAAUGGUAUGUUUCGUUGUGAGAAAUGCAACAGAGAGUAUCCGAAUUUCAAACAUCGGCUGUUGUCUUCGAUCAAUGUAGCUGAUUGGAGUGGAAACUCCUGGAUAAGCAUGUUCACAUCUGAAGCUGAAACUAUUCUAGGAAUGUCUGCUCAGGAAAUUGGUGAUUCCAUUGAAAAUAACUCUGAAGCAGCAGCCAGUAUUGUGGAAAGAGUAAACUUCAAACAGUUCAUUUUCAAAUGUAGAGCUAAAAUGGAAACAUAUAAUGAUGAAGCACGUCUCAAAACAAUUGCUGUAGAAGUCAAACCGAUUGAUUAUAAGGAAUUAAACAGCCAAAUGAUUAAAAGAAUCAAGCAUUUGAUGGGUUGAAUAAAUAUCCUUAAGUUGUUACUAUAUUUUUGGUGGUUUAUUUACAUUUUUGUUUACAUAAGUAAUAAUUAAAAAAUAUAUUUCCA